CGUGCUUUUAUUUGUUUGUGUGCGUGUGAGAGAGUGUCUGUAGUGAGAAGCAGCAGCAUGGUCAAAGGGCCGUGAGAGUGUCAGCGAAAAGAAAUAUAGCACGGAUUUGCGCUUCCGACAGCUCGAUCCACAAUAGAUUUAGAUGGAUAAGAUGACGCACGAUUUGUGAGCGUCAGCUUUUGAGGAAGGAACUUUGCAGUGUGCAAAUAACCCGUGAUGAGAUGAGAUUCCAUUGCUACCGCUGGAAUCUCGCACCAUUGAUUGGCCUGUGCUGUGCAGUCUGUCUUUGAAUAUGGGCCUCCACCACCACUGAGCUAAAAGUGUUCUUUAAACUUGAGUUUAAAAUUCACACAACAACUUACCAGACAACCGACUCAGUGGCAUGACUGGCUUAGGUGAUGAGCAAGAGGAGAAGGACGUUCUUUCUCUCUCCUUCACCUGGCAUUGUUACGCUGCAGAUAACAACAGAGCACUCUGAUGACCAAGCCUUUGCUCCUGCCACCAAAACUAAGAUGGCCGACCAAUGUGGCAUGUGCACUUUCUGCCCCUCAGAACGCGACAUGGACGGUAAAAUCCACGUCUCCCUGGACAAUGACUCCGCGUGGCAGGAGUUCCAUAGCAUUGGGACGGAGAUGCUCCUGACGAGGGAGGGUUCCCGCAUGAUCCCCUUCUGCCGCUUCAGGCUGAACGGUCUGGCCCCCCACCGACUGUACUUCCUCCUCAUGGACUUUCAGCUCGUGAACAAGAGCAGGGCGCAGGGUGGACUGAGUGACACGCACAAGGUGGUCAGCCACAUCUACACACAUCCCUCAUGGCCUGCCACGGGCUUGAAGUGGAUGCGAGUGCCGGUGACAUUCAACAUGGUGAAGCUGACCAGCGACCUGCUGAAUGAUCCCCGCAUCGUGAUCCAGACCAGCGGUACGUCCCUCGGCUGCACGUGGUGCCCUUUGACCCCAGCAGGGGUCGAACGGUCGACCUUGAUGACCCGGAGACGUGGAUGUUCAUGUUCCCGCAGACAGAGUUCUGUGCCGUCUCGUGCUACCAGAACCUCCAGCUCAUCAACCUGAAGAUCAAGCACAACCAGUUUGACCAUGAAGAGAUGCAUUUAGGCACGUACAUGCAAUCACCACCAGGGGCCGCCCAUGAGUCCAGUGCCUCUCCAUCACCUGAUUUCAACCAUACCAAAAACAAGUGGGCUAAGAAGCCAUAUCUCCCCACUGCUGCUCAGUUGGGGCUCGAGGCAUCUCCAGUGCUCAAGAAGAAGAUGGAUUCAGAGCCGUCAUCACCAGAUGACUCCUCUGUAGUCACGGAAACACCAUCUGGACCAGGGCUGAACGGUCUGGCCCCCCACCGACUGUACUUCCUCCUCAUGGACUUUCAGCUCGUGAACAAGAGCAGGGCGCAGGGUGGACUGAGUGACACGCACAAGGUGGUCAGCCACAUCUACACACAUCCCUCAUGGCCUGCCACGGGCUUGAAGUGGAUGCGAGUGCCGGUGACAUUCAACAUGGUGAAGCUGACCAGCGACCUGCUGAAUGAUCCCCGCAUCGUGAUCCAGACCAGCGGUACGUCCCUCGGCUGCACGUGGUGCCCUUUGACCCCAGCAGGGGUCGAACGGUCGACCUUGAUGACCCGGAGACGUGGAUGUUCAUGUUCCCGCAGACAGAGUUCUGUGCCGUCUCGUGCUACCAGAACCUCCAGCUCAUCAACCUGAAGAUCAAGCACAACCAGUUUGACCAUGAAGAGAUGCAUUUAGGCACGUACAUGCAAUCACCACCAGGGGCCGCCCAUGAGUCCAGUGCCUCUCCAUCACCUGAU